GGAUAACAAAUAAAUCAAAAGAAUCAAUGAAAGGACAGAAUAAAAUUUUAGAUACAAAUGGUAGUAGUGGACAAAACUCGAGUUCACGUACAAAUGAUUCAUUACAAUUGAAAUCAACAACUGGUGAAGAGAAUUCGACUGAUGAUGAUAAUAUUUUAACUAAAACUGUUUCUGUCCUGAAUCCAAAAGAAAUAUGGUUAGAUAUAGAAGAAUUUUGUGAAAUAUUCAA